GGAGACGUGAGACUGCGUGGAGAGGUGGUGCGCGUGCGCGAUGGCGGCAGUGAUGCGCCUGCGCGGGGCCGGGCUGUGGCGCGCGUGCGCGGUAGAGGCGUAGCCCGAACGCACUGGGGGCCGCGUGUCCCGGUCCUAAGGGUGAGGGUCGAGAGCGGCCUCUUCCUGGGGCCACGGGUUCGAGCCCCAGUCGGGUGGCCAGAGCAGGUUGGCGGCCCUGAGGCCAGAAAAGACGCGGACACCAUGGAAGGGAAGGAGGACGCGGCCGGUGUAGACCCUCCCGCCCAGCCCGCGGAGGGGCUGGAGGAGGCGCAGGAGACCCCCCCGGACGCGGAGGAGGGCCCGGGCAUGUACCGCUACAUCAAGGACGACCUGUUCACGUCCGAGAUCUACAAGGUGGAGAUCCAGAACGUGCCGCGCUACGUGGGCUUCAACGACGUGAAGAAGUUCCUGGCCAAGCACGGCCUGCACCCGCACAAGACCAAGCUGUUCGGGAGGCAGAACUUCGCCUUCGUGACCUUCAAGAGCGAGGAGGAGCGCGACAAGGCCAUGAAGGUGCUGCACGGGGCGCUGUGGAAGGGCCGCCGCCUGAGCCUGCGGCUGGCCAAGCCGAAGGCCGACCCCAUGGCCAAGAAGAGGAAGAGGGAGGCCGAGGACGGAGGCCCGGACGAGGCCAAGCGGCCGGCCCCGGCGGCGGCCGAGGAGCCCGCGGCCAAGCAGAUCGCCGACGUGGUCACCCCGCUCUGGAGCGUCCCGUACGAGAAGCAGCUGGAGAAGAAGCAGCGGGAGUGCGAGCACGUGCUGCAGAAACUGACCAGGGAAAUCGGGAACAACAACCGUGCCCUACUGCCGUGGCUGUUUAUGCAAAAGCAGAAAUUCAACAGGUUCUGCUGCCCCCUGGAAGGCGUCAAAGCGUCCCCGCUGCAGACUGAAUACCGCAACAAGUGUGAGUUUCUGAUUGGUGUGGGUGUGGACCAAGCUGAUAAGACCGUGGGCUGCCGCCUGGGCAAGUACAAGGGCGGCACGUGUGCAGUGGUGGAGCCCUUUGACACUGUCCACAUCCCAUCAGGCACCAAGCGUGUGGUCCGGGCUUUCCAGGAGUAUAUUCGGUCAACGCCCUACUCUGUGUAUAGCCCGGAGACGUAUGAGGGGCACUGGCGGCAACUCACAGUGCGCACCAGCCGGAGCGGAGAGGUCAUGGCGAUCAUUUACUUCCACCCCCAGAAACUCAGUAAAGAAGAACUGGCGGAGUUGAAAGCCUCCCUUGGCCAGCACUUCACAGAGGAGCCCGGCCGGCUCAGCGGGGUGACCUCUCUCUACUUUGUGGAGGAAGGGCAGAGGAAGUCUCCCAACCGGGAGGACCUGCCCUUGGAACACGUAGCGGGGGACAAGUACAUUCAUGAGGAGCUCCUGGGGCUCAAGUUCCGCAUUUCCCCUCACGCAUUUUUCCAGGUGAAUACACCAGCUGCCGAGGUCCUCUACACAACCAUUCGGGACUGGGCCCAGCUGGACAAGGAGAGCACCGUGCUGGACAUCUGCUGUGGGACCGGCACCAUUAGCCUCUCCCUGGCCCAGAAAGUGAAGAAAGUGAUUGGCAUCGAGCUGUGUCAGGAAGCUGUGGAAGAUGCCCGAGUGAAUGCCAAGAUGAAUGCUCUGGACAACAUCGAGUUUCACUGUGGCAAGGCUGAGGAUCUGGUCCCCAACAUCAUGAGCUCCUUGGCCUCGCAGAGGCUGACUGCCAUUGUGGAUCCACCCCGAGCAGGACUGCACUCCAAAGUCAUCCUGGCCAUCCGGAGAGCCGAGCACCUGAAGAAACUCAUCUACGUCUCCUGUAACCCCCGGGCGGCCAUGACCAACUUUGUGGACCUUUGUCGAGCCCCCUCCAACAGGGUGAAGGGCUCUCCCUUCCGCCCAGUCCGGGCUGUGGCCGUGGACCUGUUCCCGCAGACCCUGCACUGUGAGAUGCUGAUUUUAUUCGAGAGGGUUGAGCAUCCCAACGGCUCAACAGCUGCUGCCACAGGGGGCUCUUCCCCAGAGAGCCCGCCUCCCCUCCCUCCCCCCGUUGCUGGGGUGGCCCAGGCAGAGGACUGUCCAGAUACUCCUGAGGCUUCUCCCAGUGACCAGUACAGCAGCCCAAGCCCCCUGCCCCCAGCAGCCUGUGAUUCAUAGCACUCUCCACCGGGAACAGGAAAGGCUGUGAAGCUGAUCCCACAAAGCCAGAGCCCCAAGCUGGCAGGGGACAGAAGAGCAGCAGGACCCAGAGGUCGGCCAAGACCGGGAUGAGAUCAGAGGGCUGGGCGGGGGCUGGGCAGUCACCCCACAAAGCAGCUGAAAUAAAUGGUUUUGGAGUUAA